CGAGAUUUGUCAAGAAAACGCAAAAGCACUUGGCACUUUAUCAAGUCUGUAAUUUAAAAAUGCUUCAAAGCAUUGACAACAAAUAUAACUCAAAAAGUAUUUCCCCCUUAACUCCCCAAACGAAAUAGACAAUAAAACACUACAUAAUCCGGGCCACUUCUGAAACGGCGUUGAAAUUCAAAGUAGCCGCAAAGAGCCUCGCCAAAUAGUAGUAAUGAAGAAGAUUCCAAGCAGGGCAGGAGAGUACAAAAGUCGCAGUCUUAGGUACGAUGAGGGCAUCAUCCUGGACCAGAUCAUCGCAAAACUAAAGCUGGUGGGGGACCUCGGAGGCGUGAUCCAGGUGUCUGCCCGCGAAAUCGAGAUGGUGUGUGCCCUGGCAAGGGAGAUCCUGCUGAGCCAGCCGACUUUGCUGGAGCUCCGAGCACCGAUCAACUUACUGGGUGACAUUCACGGACAGUACAUGAAUCUGCUGCGGUACUUCGAGUCGAAUGGAUAUCCACCGGACUCGGAGUAUCUGCUGCUGGGCGAUUAUGUGGACAGGGGCAAGCAGUCCAUCGAGACGUUGACCCUACUUUUGGCCCUCAAGGCGAGGCACCCAUCGAAGUUCUACCUGCUGCGGGGCAACCACGAGUGCUCCAGCUUGAAUCACUUUUACGGGUUCUACGACGAGUGCAAGAGGCGCCAUACGGUUAAGUUGUGGCGCACUUUCGUCGAUUGCUACAAUUGCAUGCCCCUGGCGGCGAUCAUCGAGGACAAUAUCUUCUGUUGCCACGGUGGAUUGAGUCCGCACCUCUUUAGCAUGCAGCAGAUAAGGAACAUCCAGCGACCCAUCGAGAUCCCUGAGUCCGGACUGGUGUGCGACAUCCUUUGGUCCGAUCCGGACCUGCGGAUUAUGGGCUGGGGUCCCAACGAACGGGGUGUGAGCCACACCUUCGGUUCCGAUGUGGUCAGUGCCUUCUUGCACCGCUUCGGACUCAACCUCAUUUGCCGGGGUCACCAGGUGGUCGAGGAUGGCUACGAAUUCUUCGCCAAGCGCCAGCUGAUCACCAUUUUCUCGGCCCCCAACUAUUGCGGGGAGUUCGAUAAUGCCGGGGCGAUGUUGUGCAUCGACGAGAAUCUUCUCUGCACCUUUCGUGUUCAGAGGCCGAAGAACAAGGUUUUCACAAAGUGAGCGGAUGAUAUUUAUUUAAGAGGAAAGUGAUGUCAAGUUUCCUCAAUUUAUGGGUUGAGUUAAGUGGGCAUGUAUUGUGAAUUUUAUUAAACCGCAUUAUACACUUCGAUUGU